CUCAACUUUUUCUCUCCCGUUUCACUUUUUUGCAUUAGCAAACUCCUUUGUCCUUUCUCCCUAUCUUCCCCGUUUCCCCUCUUCCCUCCCCCAUAUCGCUUUUACUCUCAACUCUUUCUCUAUCUAAAUCACUACUCAAUGUACCACUUCAUUCUCGUCACUUUUCUAAGUUUUUGGCUAUAAUCACGGGCAUAACUAGAAUUGGGGUUUAAUAUCUUCUGAAUUUUGAACUUGGGACAGUGUUUUUUUGGGGGUUGAAGAUCUAGAGUUUUUACCAGCAGUGUUCUACGUCAUACAGGACUGAGGACACCGUUGCUGAAUCUUGGUAUAUAAAUUUUCUGCUGUUGGUGAAAACAUUGGUGUGGCAGAAAAUAAUUGAUGCAGCAACUGUUAGGUGCAUGAUGGAGAGUUUGAUGCAAUGGGCAAUGUCGGUUGCACCACAAGAUGAAGGAGAGGCAGCGUUGGACUGCUGAGGAAGACUCGAUACUAAGUGCAUACGUUAAGCAAUUCGGUCCAAGAGAAUGGCAUCUUGUUUCGCAGCGUAUGAACACAACCCUUGAUAGGGAUGCUAAGUCUUGUUUAGAGAGGUGGAAGAAUUACCUUAAACCUGGCAUUAAGAAAGGCUCACUUACAGCGGAAGAGCAGCGUCUUGUAAUCCGUCUGCAAGCCAAGCACGGCAAUAAAUGGAAGAAGAUCGCUGCUGAGGUGCCUGGUCGUACUGCUAAGAGGCUAGGCAAGUGGUGGGAGGUGUACAAGGAGAAACAACAAAGGGCUAGCAAAGAGACUAAUAAGUGCUUGGAGCCUAUCGACGAGGGAAAAUACGAUCGUAUUUUGGAAACUUUUGCUGAGAAGUUGGUGAAAGAACGAGUACCUUCUGGACCCCAAUAUCUUGUGGCAGCCUCUAAUGGGGGUUUCUUACAUAGCGGUGAUCAUCCUCCUCCGUUGGUGACUGCUCCGCCUCCUGUUCCUUCGACUACAAUGAUGCUCCCUCCUUGGCUUUCGACUUCUAAUGGAGGAAGGCCGCCUGGUUCCCCAUCCGUCACCCUAAGUCUUGCGUCUACAACAAUGCCUACGCCUACGCCUACUCCAGUGGCUUGGCUUCCCCAAGAAAGAGGGCCCCAUAAUCUCGACAAUUCCCCUCUUACUUUGGGUUGUUUGCCAUCUUGUCUCGGAGGGCUUCCUCAACAGAUGCUUAUCUCGGAGCUGAUGGAUUGCUGUAGGGAAUUGGAGGAAGGGCAUCGGGCUCUGACCGCUCAUAAGAAAGAGGCUGCGUGGAGAUUAAACAGGGUGGAACUUCAACUAGAGUCGGAGAAGGGGAAUCGGAAGAGGGAAAAAAUGGAGGAGAUUGAGGCAAAGAUAAAUGCUCUUAGAGAAGAACAAAAGGCUAGCAUGGAGCGAAUCGAGGCUGAGUACCGAGAGCAGCUUGCUGGAUUACGAAGAGAUGCCGAAGCUAAGGAGCAGAAACUAGCUGAUCAAUGGGCAGCUAAGCACAUGCGGGUUACUAAGUUGCUUGAGCGGAUGGGGUGCAGGACUCGACUUACUGAAACAAAUUGAUUGAACAUAGCACAAUCGAGAAUCGAGAUCUAGUAUUACAUAUAAUUUGUGUAGUUUUUAGUUGCUAUCAUGUUACAUCCUACAUUGCCAUCUUUACAUCAUGAUCUUGCUCCUUAGCUAUCACUUUGUUGUAUAAGAACAUACUAUUACUUUCUACUUCUACUUUGCAGGUCAUUGAAGCUUAGAUUGCUGGCAGGUGAUCUUAAAGGAAUCAAUGACUUUAUUAAUUAUCAUAAGUUUUGUGCCUUUUAAUUACGGUGUUUUCAAAUUUUUGUUGAUAC